UCAAAAUAGUUGUGAUUCAGUUAGCCUUAGACUGCCAUUGUGGUACACAAAGCAUAUUCGAAAAAAAUUUCUUGUGCUAUUACGUGUCAAGAUCUUUGUCAAAAUGAGUGGACUCAACAUUCUAUGCAUCAAAUUGGGGAUUUUGAUUUUGUCGUGCGUUUUUCAAGCGUAUUAUAUAGAUGCUCAAAAGUGCACCAAAGGGAUAGUUAAAGCUGUUUGCAACCUUCAGCCAGACCCGACUGGACCAAAUAGCCAAAUCACCGGCACAGUGAGAUUCACGCAAAAAAUGACAUGCAAACAAGCCCAAAGAUCACGUCCUGUAAUGGUCAAAGGGGAGAUCACCGGUUUACCGCAAAGUGAAAGUAUCCGAAAGCUCGGGUUUCACGUGCACGCAAAUGGGGACAUAAGCAAUGGAUGUCGGUCCAUUGGGCUGCACUAUAAUCCUUUGAACACAGAUCACGGUGGUCCUGCAGACCCCAAAAGCCGCCGCCAUGUAGGAGACCUCGGCAAUGUCAUCGCAAAUCGUUUGGGAAAAGUGACUGUUAAUUUCGCAGCCCCUAAUCCUGUAUCUCUAUAUGGCGACAUGCCCAUAAUCGGCCGAACACUUGAUCUUCAUGAACGCGAGGACGACCUUGGACGUGGAGGGAAACCAGGCAGCACUGUGUCUGGGAACGCUGGGGCCAGUAUAGCAUGCUGCAUUAUUGAAAGAGUUUUGACCUGAAGCAAAUCUGCUGUCAAUUUGUUGAGGACAUUUCUUGAUUUAUAACUUACUCAUAUUGCAUAAUAACUGGUCAUUCUGUUGAGAAUAAAAGCUAUAUACAUGCUACUUAUGUAGUGCAUAUCAUGUAUCAGAGAUAGAACCUUAAGUUUUCAAAGAAGAAAUGACAUAAGAAAUGUCUAAAAAUCGCUUUUUGAGUUCUUCAAAGAAAUGAUUUUACAAAUGUGAAAUUUAGGAACGUUAUAUUGAAGUUUCUUUUUUUCAAGCCAUACAACUCUAGCGUUAAGUUAGUACUUUCAAGCACAGUUAUCUAUAAGUUAACUUCUCUUGUAAUUGCACAAUUCUGAUGAAAAUAAAAACGAGUUUAGACAUAGUAAUAUGGUUUGACACUACAAAGACAAUUGAUAUAUAUAUAUAUAUCCUUGAAAAACUGCUUCAUAUGUUUUUAUCAGGUUAUUUAUGGUAAAAAUAAUUUUUGACAAACUUCAUAUUUUAUGAUAAAUACAAUGUAGUUUUGCGUGUAUCAAAAUGUCACAUUUAUGCACGUUUGAUAAAAUAUCUUAUGCCUGCACGUAUGUAUAGUCAUGAAAAUGCAAAUAAUUAAAACAUUUUAAAUCUUUGA